AAAGGAUCAACUGAAUUUCCAAAUCCUAAUCAAGUCAACAACAACAACAAAAACAUCCAAUCCAAAACACCCACCUUAGCUAUAACUGUUAAUAUCUGUUUGUUGAGUUGAGUUUGUUGAUUGGCUCACUCAACUCAAUUGAAUCUUCCAUUCCCCUGAGAAUCCACCGUUCACAGUGAUGGAUUCUCCUCUGCUUCAACGACCUGAUGAUCCUCUGCGCAGUAAAAGCAGUUCCAACGUGUUUCUCCGGUCCCUUCUCACCUCUGUUGCUGUCACUUUUUUUGUGCUAGCAAUCAGAGGCAACAUAAGUUUCGAGAGACUACAAGGGGUAGAAAAAUAUGAUGGGGGAGUGGAAGCAAAUCAGGGAAAUGUCAUUGAAUCACAGGUAGGAGUUGUUGCAGCUGAUGAUUGCCGGUGUUCAGCAGUUGGUGUCUCAAUGCUCAGGCAGGGUGGGCAUGCUGUUGAUGCUGCAGUGGCCACUGCAUUAUGCCUUGGUGUUGUUUUUUCAGCAUCAAGCGGCAUAGGAGGCGGCGGUUUCAUGGUUGUCCGGUCUUCUUCUACCUCCCAAGCCCAAGCUUUUGACAUGAGAGAAACUGCUCCAUUAGCUGCUUCGCAGAAUAUGUAUCAGAACAAUCCAGAAUCUAAGAACGCAGGCGCAUUGUCAAUGGGAGUUCCUGGUGAUAUAGCUGGCCUUCAUGCAGCCUGGUUGAAAUAUGGACGAUUACCAUGGAAGACCUUAUUCCAACCAGCUAUAAAACUUGCUAAAGAUGGUUAUGUAGUGUCUGCUACUCUUGGAGAUUACAUGGCUAGCUCAGAAAAGAAGAUAAUGAAUGAUCCUGGGUUAAGAAAUAUAUAUGCACCUAAUGGAAUUUUGUUGAAAGAAGGGGAGGUGUGUCGUAACCCGGAACUUGGUAACACCUUAGAGGUAGUGGCAGAGCAAGGGCCACAAGCUUUCUACAAUGGAACCAUUGGCGAGAAAUUAGUAAAGGAUGUGAGAGAAGUUGGUGGGAUUCUAACAAUGGAGGAUUUGCACAAUUACAAGGUGGAAAUAACAGAUGCAGUGACUGUGAAUGUGAUGGGAUACACCAUAUAUGGCAUGCCACCUCCUUCAAGUGGAACACUCUCUCUUUCUCUGAUCUUGAACAUCUUGAACAGCUAUGGAAGUCCUGAUGCUGCAAAUGAAAAUCUGGGUCUUCAUCGACUAAUAGAAGCUCUUAAACACACGUAUGCCAUCAGAAUGAACUUGGGUGACCCAGACUUCGAAAACAUCAGUAGUACUGUCUCCAAAAUGCUCUCCCCAUCUUUUGCAAAAGAUAUUCAGCAAAAGAUACUUGAUAACACUACUUUCCCUCCAGAGUACUAUAUGAACAGAUGGAGCCAACUUAGAGACCACGGAACAAGCCAUUUGUGUGUAGUGGAUGCUGAUAGAAAUGCUGUAUCACUGACAACAACCGUUAACUAUCAUUUUGGAGCUGGGGUUCGUUCUCCUUCAACCGGUAUUGUAAUCAACGAUGAGAUGGAUGACUUCUCUACGCCAACUGAUGUCUCCCCUGAUAAACUACCUCCAGCUCCAACAAACUUUAUCAAACCAAACAAAAGACCAUUGUCUUCCAUGACUCCUAUAAUCAUCACUAAGGAUGACCAGUUGGUCGGGGUCAUUGGAGGCAGCGGCGGAAUGAACAUCAUUCCAGCCGUGGCUCAAGUCUUUCUCAAUCAUUUCAUCUUGGGAAUGAAACCUUUGGAUGCAGUUCUGAGACCAAGGAUCUAUCACAAGCUAAUACCAAAUGUAGUUAGCUACGAGCACUUGACGGCUUAUAAUGGUGAUCACAUUGGGCUUGCAGAAGAAAGUAGGCAUUUCCUGGAAGAGAGAGGUCAUGAACUGUGUGAGUGUGCUGUAAAAGCUGUCACUCAGCUGAUCGUCCAAACUCUCGAUACACCUAUUAAAUUGAACAGGAAAACUGGUGAAAAAACCAAUUCACAUGGAAUGCAUGGUAUUCUAACAGCAGUCAGUGACCCUAGAAAGGGUGGAUGUCCAGCUGCUGUGUAAUUAUAUUGAUUAAUUCAGAUUGAAACGUGUAAAACCCAGACAUUUCAAAUUGAAAAUCAAAAUUUUUUAAA